AUGGCUGCAAUUACAGAUAUGAAUGAGGCGUAUCGGCAAACACAAUCGCAAAUAUACAGCCUACAACAGACAAUUCUCAAUUCUUCGAGAACGCAUGGACAGGAGCCGGCCCCCUCUCGAGACCAGGCUGGGCUCCACGGCGGGGAAAACGGCUCCGGGCCUCACAGUGGUACUCCAGCUGCGAAAGUCAACUCCAAGCCUAUCCUGGAGCUGGUUGCGGCGCAUUACGCAGCAAACAGGAGGCACCUGGGCACGCUGCGCUAUAACGCGUGGAGCGGGGCCGAAGCGCGUGAGAGCGUGGCGCAGAUGGAGCCGGAUCUCGAGUAUAUGCGGCUGAUCAUGCCGCGCCCAUUUCUGCCGGAGUACCAGGCCUCGGACAUCAACUGCCUGGUGUCGAUCGAGGUGAGCUACGAAGACAUUGCCGCGAUGUCGCAGCCUCACUCUUCCAACCUGCACGUCACAAACAAUGAGCUAUGGGGGUCCGACAUAUACACCGACGACUCUGACAUCCUGCUGGUGCUCAGGCACUGCGGCGUGAUCCCCAGCUCCAGCCCGCAGUUUCAUGCCCGGACACCAGCCAACCUCGCGGAUCCAGACCACGUGGUUGGCACCAUACCGCCUGCACCCACGGCGUACGACCUCGAGGUCGAUAUCCUGCUGCUGCCGCCGCUUCAGACCUACUCUUCCAGUCUGAAAAACGGCCUGAAGUCGAGGUCUUGGUACACUUGCCACGACGGCCUCAGUUACGGUAUCUACUCCAUCGAGGUUAAGCCCCGAGAUACCUCGACCCAGAACAUCCCGCUACAGGAUUGUACCAAGACCACUGAAUGGUGA